UUCGUCGCGGCAAUGGCGCUCCAGCUCACCCGUCCCUUCGUCCGGCUCCGGCCGCCGCCGCCGCAGCGGCGUCGGAGCUCACGUGCUCAUUGCCUCGCCUCAUCCGCCGGCGCGCGGGCCCCUUGCUUCACGAGGCCCUACACGUCCGUCCUGGUGGUCCCCACCGGAGUCGGCGCCGCCGUCGGGGGCUUCGCCGGCGACGCCCUUCCCGUGGCGCGCGCCCUCGCUGCCGUCGCCGACUGCGUCAUCUCCCACCCCAAUGUGCUGAACGCCGCGAUGCUCUACUGGCCGAUGCCCAACACGCUCUACGUUGAGGGUUACGCCCUAGACAGAUUCGCAGAAGGAUCUUGGGCUCUCCAACCAGUUCAUCAGAACAAGGUAGGCUUGGUGUUGGAUUCUGGAAUCGAGGAGGAGCUUCGACUCCGCCACUUGCAGGUUGCGGAUGCCGCGAGGGCUUCUCUGGGGCUCCCUGUAGUUGAGUACAUUGUCACUGAUACUCCUCUGGAGAUCAAGACAUGGUUUGAUCCGGAAUGUGGGAAGUCUACAGGGAGUGUUGGUAACUCUGAUUCUCUCCUAAGGGCAGUUGAGGCCCUAGUGAACCGUUCUGAUGUGAAUGCUGUGGCAGUCGUUGCACGCUUUCCAGAUGAUGAUCCAGAAGAUUCAGAUUGUUAUCGGGAAGGGAAGGGAGUUGAUCUGUUGGCAGGAGUUGAAGCAAUUAUAAGCCACCUAAUUGUGAAAAAAUUCAAGAUCCCUGCUGCCCAUGCUCCUGCAGUGUUACCCCCAGCUCUAAGCCCAUCAGUGUCCCCAAGAUCUGCUGCCGAAGAGAUUGGCUAUACCUUUCUACCCUGUGUGCUUGCCGGGUUAAGUAAUGCCCCUCAAUAUGUGAUGAGGAGGAACGGAAACAUGGGUAAUGGUUGCAUAGUGGCUGGUGAUGUUGAUAGUGUGAUUCUUCCAAAAGAUGCUUGCGGAGGAGAUGGUACAAUUGCCUUUGCUCAAACUUCUAGAAAGAACAAGCCCUUAAUCAUUACAGUUCAGGAAAAUGAAACAGUUCUUGAUGAUACCCCUGACAAAUUCAAUAUAGAGGCGCUAAAUGUCCAGAACUAUUGGGAAGCCAUUGGAGUAAUCGCAGCUCAUAAGGCAGGUGUCAACCCAAAUGCUCUUAGAAGGCAAGGAGUUGAUCAUCUUAAAAGACCUCUUAGACUAUACCCUGUGCAGUCUCGUGGUUCUAGGGAGGCAACCUAUUCAGCAGCGCAUACUAGUUUAACAAUUUAGCUGUGCAACUAAAAGAUUGUAGAAUUCAGUUCUGGCAGAUUAGUGCUCCAAAUUUUGUAGUCAUGUACAUAUUCCACAAAAAUGAUCCUGCAGUGGAAUCCUACUUACUUAUAGCUGAUGGUAUAUUAUACAGGCCAAAUUUCUUUUGGCGCCACCAUUUUGAAGUUACAUCUACACACAUCAGUAGUUUAAGUUGCUUGGACAGAAGCACAGGUUUUAGCAAUGAAAUGCACAAGUUUAAGUGGUGAUUUUGUUCAA